AACCAGCGUAAAUAAGCCAAGAUGAUGUGGGAUUUCAGCGGAGGAGCGGGCGGCGGACAAGGAUCGCCGCCGUACUAUCCUCAGCAACAGCAGCAGCAGCAGCAGCAAUAUGCGCCGCCCUUCCCUUCACCCCCGGGAGGCUUCGACAUGUACUCUCAAGGACCGGCACCUGCGCCUUUCAUGCCCAUUGGCGCUCCGGGAUCGGACAAUAUUUUUGUGGACAGAUACCACGAACGCUCUGGGCCAUGGGCAGUUCCGGGAGGACCUUCAACGUCCGCACCUAUACCUCGCUCGCCCGGACUGAACAUUCACGUCCAGACGACACACCGCACGAGCCACCAGUCACACUCGCACACUCACACGCACCGUCAUGGCCAUAGUCACAGCCAUAGCCAUUUUCCGCGUCCCGCCGUUGUUAUCCAUGGCAGUAACGCGGUCGUCAAGCCUGCCAAACAUCGCCCUGCGCCGGAUCCGAUACAGUACCUCCAGCCCCCUACCUCGUCGAGCCAUGCCGACCAUCACUUCAUGUACUCGAAGUGCACUGGAACAAAGAAGGCACUGUGUAUUGGCAUCAACUACCGCGGCCAGGCCAACCAGCUCUACGGCUGCGUGAAUGACGCGCGCAACGUCCAGAACUUCCUCAUACGCCACGGCUACAGGUCACGCAACACAGUACUUCUAACAGAUGACGCGAAGGACCCGAAGCUCCUUCCGACGCGCGCCAACAUUCUCGCCAUGAUGCAUUGGCUCGUGCAGGGCGCCAAACCACACGACUCUUUGUUCUUCCAUUAUUCAGGACAUGGUGCCCAGGUCAAAGACAAGAAUGGCGACGAGAUCGAUGGCUACGACGAAGUCAUUUUCCCCAUGGACCACAAAUCCACAGGAUACAUUGUCGACGACUUGAUGCAUACGAUCAUGGUCAAGUCGCUUCCCGCAGGCUGCAGACUUACAGCUCUCUUUGACUCCUGCCACUCCGGCUCAGCACUCGAUCUUCCGUACCUGUACUCCUCCGACGGCCGCGUUAAGGGCAGCCAAGUGAAGCAGAAGUGGUUCGACUACAAGUCGACGCCCGCGGACGUGAUCUCGUGGAGCGGAUGUAAGGACUCGCAGACGAGUGCGGAUACGUGGGAGCAGGGCAUUGCAACGGGCGCGAUGAGCUAUGCGUUCAUGAGCUCGCUCCAGGAGAACCCGAACCAGACGUACCGGGAGCUGCUGCGCUCGAUCCGGGUCAUCCUCAAGAAGAAGUACAGCCAGAAGGCGCAGCUCUCGAGCUCGCACCACAUCGACACAAACCUCCGCUUCAUCAUCUGAGCGCCAGCCUCAAUGAAGCCAUGAACACAUGAAUCCUCGAACCUCAUGUUGAACUUGUAUAUGUAGUAAUAGUAACGGACUCUUGCUCUCUCCCUCGCCUGUAUGCCUUAUGUUGUAUGUACGUCCACAUGCUGUGCCGCACCUCGCUAACUAGUUAGUCAUAUGUGUAUUGCUGAGCGCCACUAUCAUACAAGAACGAGAAAUGUAAUUCUACAAAA